AUGUCUGAAACAAGAUUGAUUGCCGAGAGUAACUCGGGUGAUGGUGGAUCUAUUGGAAAGAUUUAUGACGAACAAGGCAAAGAUGCUAUGGAAUGGGUUGAAGAAGUUGAUCCUUUUCAUUUAGAAACUUUAACAACAUUGCGAAAAUACCAACAGGCUCAGCCAUCCGAACAAGAAUGGAUGAGACAAUGA